AUGUUUCGCUUAGGUACUUCUCAGGUCGCCCGUGCUGGGGUGAGAAACUAUGCUACAUUGAGAGAUAUCGAGAUGCGUCUCAAGUCCAUCAAGAACAUUGAAAAGAUCACCAACACCAUGAAGAUCGUUGCUUCCACCAGAUUGAACAAGGCCCAAAGAGCCAUGCAGGCCUCCAGAGUGUUCCACGAGUCAGACAAGGAGUUCUUCCAGAACACCGAGCCUGAGGUGAAGGAGGACGAGAAGACCUUGUUGAUUGUCAUCUCCUCCGACAAGGGCUUGUGUGGAUCCAUCCAUUCGCAGAUCUCCAAGGCUGCCAGAAAAAGAAUCGAAGAGCUCAAGGGCAACGUUGACAUUGUGGCCAUUGGUGACAAGGUCAAGGCUCAGUUGAGCAGAACCCAUGCUGAAAAGAUUGCCAUGGCUUUCUCCAACGUUGGUAAAGAGGAGCCAAACUUCCACGAGGUUUCUGCCAUUGCUGACGAAAUCGCCACCUUGGGUAAGUACGAGAACACCGAGAUCAUGUACAACAAGUUUGUUUCUGGUGUUUCUUUCGAACCAUCCAAGUUCUCCGUUUUCACUGCCGACGCUAUCGAGAAAGCUCCUGGCUUGAGCAAGUACGAAUUGGAGGCCGAAAACGUGUCCGAGGACUUUGCCGAGUUUUCUUUGGCUAACUCCCUUUUGACUGCCCAGGCCGAGGGUUACGCUUCCGAGAUCUCUGCCAGAAGAAACGCUAUGGAUAACGCUUCCAAGAACGCUGGUGACAUGAUCAACUCCUACUCCAUCUUGUACAACAGAACCAGACAGGCUGUUAUUACCAACGAAUUGGUGGAUAUCAUUACCGGUGCCUCUUCUUUGGACUAA